AUGGAGACAUCUCCUCUGAGGCUGCGCCAACCUCAAGAAACAGACGAAGCAAUCGAAUGCUGGGACGACGACGAAGAUCUACAGUGUAAUGAUGAUAUCCAGUUCCGUACUGUUUCUGCCGGUACUUCCGUGACAGGAUCGUCUUCCUUCCGGCCAUCCGGCCACCGUGACUCUAUAUCUUCUCGUCGUUCCUGCAGAUCUGAUUUAGAUUCUAAUGCUGGCGAUGAAGAUUGGCAGUUGUUGUUACAUGACAAUGAUGAGGCUGCAACAAAGGACGCAAUCGCUUCUGCCCAAAGCGCAGGCAUCCCCCUCCCUACUGAUGUCCCAAGUUCGGCACUGCUUGGUGGUACGAUAAAGCGCCUUGGAGGCAGAAAACUCAAAAAGGCCAUAGGAGACGAUUGGUCAGAAGAUCUUGAGUUAUCUGGCGUUGAGGGGGACCUUGAACUGAAAUUUAAUCGCAAAGAGACGUUCCCAGAUUCUCUACUCCAGCUUGGGUCGUUUUCUGACUUGAGCCCUGUUAAAGCUCGCGAUUUUGAUUCGGAUCCGUUUAUCAUUAACAACGAUAGUCUUUCCCCGCCACGAAAACCGAACUUUGCCAAUUUAGAUCGGUUUCGUGAUACAGAGGAUGACAGCUCUUUCCACGAUGUCCCAACUAUCAAAAUUGCAAAAUCACGACCGCAACAGACCAUCCUCCCAGCACCUUCGACAAAACCAAUCGAGGAUGGUGAAAGCUUUGAGGUUGAUCUGGAAUUCCCUGCUGAUGGUGAACCUUUGAAGCUCUCAACAAGGAAGGAUAGAAUCAAAUCCCCAGAACCUUCCCUUGAUGACCUUGAUACGGAAUGGGCUGAGGGCAGUAUCGGAGUGCGUUUUGGUGGGACGAAGAGAGACGGCUUUUCUAAUCGUAGUUCCACUGUCUCAGCACUUAGCCCAAGUGUCUCAAGUUGUUUAACUGCUGAAAGUCAAGAUGAUGGACUUGAUGGCCUCCUUCUGCCUGAUGGCCCAUUGGAUCUUGAACAAGCGAUCAAGAGGAGACAGCAAUCUCAUUUGUCACAGUCGCCUCAAACUUCUGCACCACACCAAAGCCCAAGACGUGCUUCCCCUACUAAUGAUGAUUUCUUUUCUGGCAUUGAAAUCGGGGAUGGCGAGGUUUUUGAUUCAGGUAAACUGACCUUGAACCGCAAUAUCAAACGCAAAAAUAGCAGGCCUAUAAGCCCUGCGAGGCGUACCGCCACCAGCAUCACCUUCACCAACAAAACUCCAGUACCCCCUACUACUCGUAUUCCCAGAUUAUCCGGCCAUGAGCGUCCUCGUUCUACACAUCUUGAGCCCGUCUCGGAAAGUGGUGUGCCACUCCCCAAAUAUCGACGGCCACGCUCGCGUUUGAGUGGCCAUAGUGCGCAUUCGUCUCUCUCAAGCAUUCCUCUUCCCAGUCCACCAUCAAUGUCCCCACCCCAGAAGACUCCGGGUCGUAGGUCGCCAGGAAACAAGACAUCUGGGGAGACAUUACGGCUUUCGCCCACUAUUACCAAUGCCCAGCUCAUGAAGGCGAAGCGAUCUGUACCAGCAUUGCGUAACGUACAUCAGUCCGGGGUAACACCCAUUCCAUGGCCCCCUUCUCGUCAAGAUAGUACCACGAGGACACACUCGUCUCGGCCUAAAACACCCACCGCUGAAUCUCGCCUUGCUAGCGGUCGUCGCCCUUCUAUUCCCUUCCUCCCAGCUGGAGCAGCACACAAUAAGUCUCACCACGUCAACGUUAAGACUCCCCGACAUUAUCGACGCACUGAUUCGGACAGUUCUACAGACUUAUUUUCGAACCCGCGUUCAACAUCUGGACUCUCCAACCGCGACCCUCCCAAUACUCCAGGUCGUUUUCGAUUUGAUUUAGGCCCAGAAUCUCUAGCUGCUACGGUCAAACAAACGAUUACUAGACCUAAUAGGCGAAGAAAUUUUGGUGAUGGCUCAGAAUUGGACAUUUUCGAUGAUCUUCCAACCUCAGCGUCCCUAGAAAGCAAGUUUGUCAAACAUCCAAUCAGGCAUGGUGCUCCCAGGUCUAUGAGAAGCAGACUUAGCCAGUCUCAUAUUGUCCCUCCCCCUAUGGCUCACAACCCAAUCCCUCGUCCCCAUACUAGCCCUACAAAGCAGGACUUUACUCCUCGAUUUGCACAAGAUACAAAUGCCUCGAGGAAUGCCAGGGAGCAGCGAAUUGCUUCAAUGAACUUUACUCAAAAUCGCGAAAUUACUCCAUUAGUCCCACUGAGCACAAAUUGGAAAUCUUCGACCUCUGUGCGAGCCCUAUCUCAUUCGUCAAUAAAGAAUCGCCGCGAGAAGGGUUCUGGUGACCAUAAGCCUCAUCUUAUAAAGCCUAUGGGUACUGGCGUACACGAAGCAAAAUCCGUCAAAGGAAUGCGAUACAAUCCGGCGACAUACAAGUGGGAAGGUAAUGAAAAUGCAACAGUUGAAUUUGAACCGAUCCCAUCGCCAAGAUCACCCAGGACUGCCCCUGCCCUCAUCACCAAUGUUGGGGCUACCUCGGGCGUCCAAGUCGUCGGCGGAAUGGUAUUUGAUCCUCAGCGCAUGUGCUGGUUAAAAGUUGCCGCAACCCAAUCCGGCAAAGAGGUCAUCACACUCGCUCCUGACGAAGAAGACGUCCUAGAAGGCCUAGAUGAUUUGAAGGAAAUGCAGCAAAAGUCAAAUAAUGCUUCCAGGACAGCGCAAAUCUCGAAUGAUAUGGCAGCGCUGGACAACAUCGCUAAUUUGGAAGACAAGAGCGCUGGCGAAUCAUCCGAUGAAUGGCCAAUUACAGAGGAAUUCGAUGUUGGUCCAGAGUUCAUCAAGAGGCAACGUGCGGAAGAGGAGAAAUGGAGACGGAAGGUCAGUAAGUGGAUCACUCCGGACCGUACAACACUUGGUGAUGGAUGGAGGUGGGUGAUUCGAGAUAUGGUAAGAUCUGAUCUCACAGGUACCCAUUCGAUGGGUAGACACUAA